AUAUGCGAUCUGUAUUCACACUUCCACCCGCAAUUGUGCAGCUACUACGAAUGGAGGGACGCACUAAACCCCAACCGUGCGGCGGAGUGUUUGGAUGUCUUGAAGUUUGGAAUGGUCCAUUUCCAUGGCAUGGAUACGGAACAGGAUCCAGUGAUGUACGUCAAUGUGGGAAAUUUCAUGGUGAAGAAUACAACGAUUAGAGCACUGGAGCAUUUUGCCGAGGUCAUUCAUCAGGAGGUGAUGCGUCUAAACCCCACUCGUGGAUAUGCGGAUAUUGUGGUCGAUUGUAAAGGUUUCUCUAUGCGCACGAAUGUGGAUUUGACCAUGUACCAGGAAUUGAUCAAGAUCGGAAGCUCUUGUCUGCCUGAGAUUACGAAGCGGUUGUUUGUGAUCAACACACCAUACGCUGUGCGAGGUGUCUACAACUUCUGCAAAGGCUUUCUGGAUGAACGGACGCUGGACAAGGUCCGCUUCUUGAAUAGCGAUUUCCCCAAACUAAUGAAAUUCAUACCCGCUUCAGAACUGCCGGAAAUAUACGGAGGUGAGAGUAAAUACACGCGGGAGCCGUAUGCUGAUGCCACAGACGAUAACAUGUGUCUAGCCUGAUACAGCCUACCCGUGCUGAGCAUCUGCGCCUCGCAAUCCGUUAAAAUAGCUAGUAAACUUUCCCAGCUGAAGAAAUUAUAACAGACUGUUUUCGCUUGCCAACCGGUACAUGGUAAUGUGCAAGUUAGCCUGUGCGAGUUAGUUGCCAGAAGUUGUUCUGGGAUGAAACCAGCAUAUGAGCCUGCCAUAUUCAAAUCGAUAAACACGCGCGACUCCUUGCGUUGAAAAUAAAGACAGUAAGAGUCAGGCAAAUUCUAGCUGCGAACUCAAUAGUUGUGGCUUUGCGGACGGAACUAUUUGGCAUUGACCGCAGAAUUGAGCGACUAUCAAACUCCCAUUCUGUUCUUU